GAGUGGUGUUUCGUUUAGGAGAGUGGUACGCGUUUCCGGGGAAAAGUCACGCUUCUUUAUCUUUCUUCUUCGCCGUGGAGUACUUAACGGGUCACCGACGAGUGACAGGUUAGUACGAAGUUCGCGCCCGUUGUCUCGGUGUCAAAAGUGAAGGUACAGCCGAGGACCCUGGUCGAAAGACCCGCCGAGUGGAAGGACCCGGCGUCCUGAUCCGACCGGUCGCGCGCGUGCAGAUCGUGCGCACGCGGAGAGGUUCGCGCACCUUCGCCGUACCCGGCAGGCUUUCAAGAUUCUCGAAUCACACCUAUGCCAACCUUUCCUAAAAUGUCGGGUACCCUUUAAGAAGACCGGCAUGUCCAGCACCGUCGGCGGGGGCGGCAGUGCGGGGAGCGGGGGCGGCGUCAAUGGGGCCCUCAGUCUGAUGGGCUGCGUGAGGGAGGCGUCGCCUCCCCCUCGGGAUCCCCUCGGCGUCGUCGAGCUCUCCACGCACCAAGUCGACGUUGCGCCCAAGGAACCGAAAAAGCGACGUUUUCAUCCACUUCGGGGACUUCGGAGAAUUUUCCGUAGAAAAAGUCGAGGUGCUGCCGAUUCUAGACUGAGUCCUGGUAUCGGCGAUCAAGAUGGUGACUUAGUGAACCGAAACCGAGAAAAUAUCACUCUCAGGCAUCCUGCAGGACGUCCUGAGGAAGCUCGAAGUCGCAGUGCUAGCGAACUCCUGACGGAUUCCUGUGACAGAGACAGCAAACCACCGACCGGCUGGCAGAGAAAGUACAGAAUAGCUUCGACGUCCCUCAAAACACGUCAAUCCUUCAAACAUAUCUUCCUACGGCGAAGCGGCGUGGAAGAGUCCUUCGCGAAAUUACGCGGCGGUACCGCACAACUCUCGGUGUCUCACGACAGCGUCUUCCCCGGAGAAGUGGCCCACAGCCGGCCGCUCUCUUCCCUGGAUACUCUCGCUACUUUGGAGCGAAGGCAAGGCAAGUCCGGAGAUUCCGUUCACGUUGACAAGGAGACCACCCCGCGCGUCGUGCACAGGCACAGGAUAUCCCUUCGGGUGCUGGAGCAGAUCAAGACGGUCAUAGAGAACCGGAAUCAGCUGGCCACAUCGACCUCCGGUUUGGAGACGAGCAUCGUGCACUCCACCGGAGAGCGUUAUCACCAGGAAACCACCGAGAACCGCUUCGCUGGAUUCGACAAGCAUGAGCGAGUACACGAAGAGACUCAAGUUAAGGUAACCAAAUCACCGAAGGAUGCUGGAGAAAAAUCUGUCCAAUCACCAAAGGAAGACUUGCCGCAAUUGGAGAUCGCCAGUUUGAACCACACGGCCGCUCUCCACCGGAUUUCCGUGCGGCCGAAGAACAGAAGGCCGCCUCGACGCACGGCGCCGCAAAGCAGCCCAGCGUCCGUCGUCCCGAGCGUCGCGACGAUCUCGGAAGCGUCCGAUACCCUGGACAGUCUGGAGCCGAUGAGCAGCACCGGGAGCUGCGCCGACUCGCCGAUGGAGUCGAAGCCGGUCUCGUUGCUACGGAAGUCCUCGAGCCGGCUGUCGAGGACGUCUGAAAUCUUCGAGGAAUUGGAGGCCAAGCUGCCAAGGAAGCCACCCAGCGUAACCUCGUUGUCCCCGGACAGCCUGGACACGCCGGCGACGAAGAGUUGCGAGGUACCCGAGCACGUCGAGUCGGUCGAAGUCAGACAGAUUUCCAGGAGACCGUCGAAUCGCAUCUCGAAGGGGUCCGACGUGUUCGAGGAGCUGGAGGCGAAGCUGCCCUGGCGCAGGUCCUCGUCGAAUCGGAUCUCCAAGUCACCGGAGAGCCUGGAGAAUUCCCGGUACUCCAAGUCGACCGAGGGUUUCGAGAAGCUGGUGGAGGACGAAGAGGCGAAGCCGGUCGUUAAGAGGCUCCUGAACCCGAUCUCGAAGUCGACCGACAGAGUCUUCGAGUCCUCGGACAGCCUGGAGGUGGCGGUGGAAGAGCACCAGGUCGAGCGCCGCAGGAGCAGCUUCGAGCUGCGGGGCCGCAGGUCGGCCAAGUCCAUCUCGAAGUCGAUAGAGAGCUUCGAGGCGCUCGAGGCGGAAAGCGAGCUGCAAAAAAGGAGCAGUGCCUCGGACGUGAACCUGGCCAGGGGUAGGAGAUACUCCAGGAGCGUUUCGAAAUCCUCGGACAGCUUCGAGAGGAUGGAAUCCAUCGAGGCCGCCCCGGAGCCGGCGAUCGGGUCGAGCACCGACCCUCCGGGUAGUCGGAGCUGCUGGAGACCCGCGAAGAGGGCGGCAGCGUCCUCCGAGAGCUCGGACAACCUGGAGGCCGAGGACGAACUCGAGAACCGCAAAGUCAGGCGGCCCCCGAAGCGGGUACCCAGCACGAGCGUGGUCGACGUCGUGCCCUCGGAGAGUCUCGACGACGAGAGGAGAUCGAGCACCCCACCUGGCAAGCCACCGAGGCUUCAGAAGUCCUCGGAGAGCUCCGAGCUCGGCAGCACGGAUACCAUCGACUCCGAGAAGCCGAACAAGCUGUCCGACAGCACCGAGACCCUGGACAGUCUGGAGAAGGACCUCGAGCAGGACAGGAAGGAGGAGGAAAUCACUGACAACGUCGUGGAGAGACGCGAGAAGAGCGAUGCCUGGGCUGCCAAAACGGCGGAGACCGCUACCGUGGAUAACUCGGAGGAGGCGAAACCUCUCAUCUCCGACAAGAACUAUUGGCGACGAUCCUCGGACACGAAGGAGAACAUCGACAUCCAUCAGCUUCUCGCCAUCACCAUCGUCACGAGAAUGGCCGAUAACGGGAACCAAAGGAAUUCCGUCAUCUUCCCGAAGAAGAAGCUCUCUUCUCCACCGACCUCGCCGGUCAAGCAGGAGGACAAUAAGAUGCUCUUCAACAAUCUCCUGGCUAGCAAAAACGACGAGGAUUUGCAAAACAUGCUCAAUGGAAACAUAUCCGAGGUGUCGACCGACACCAAAAGCUUCAAGGAGAAGCUGAUCAUGUUCGAAAAGCUCGGCAAGUGAACGGCCUCUGUUCUCGUUUCGGAAACGUCUGGUCCAGCUGAAGAUUAAUCGUUUGUACAUAACGAGGGAUUUCUUUUCUUUCUAGAGAAAGCCUGUCCGACAAUUAAAUGGUCGGGACAAUGCGAUGACUGUGUUUAAAUUAAAGUGUCUCGACUACUCACGCGAAUGUUGAGCAGUUGACUCGGUCGGCCAAAAUCAUGCCAGGAAAAGAUAUAUCACUUUAAUGGCCUUUUCGUUAAAGACGUACUCUUCGUAUCCAACGGAUUUUUCUUUCCUCUCCUUUUUUGUACAUCUCUCGAUUACUUUUACGCAUUAUUUAAAUCACUGGAGUGUGCGAUUAUCUUCGCACGACCUUGAAAACUUAACGCAUUUCGUCGAUUCGGGAAAUGCGGAGGAGAGAUACGAUUAUUAACACAGGCUGAAGAAAUGUGUCACUUAUUAAUUGAGGACGAGCGCAUUUCACUGAGAUUCUGCCGGAAGCUUCGCGUGCGAGGCUUUCGCACCCAGUAUUACCCCACGUAAUUGUAGUGGCAUAACGUGUUUACGAUCACACGUUGUUAACACUCUAGGACUGUAGAUGUAACGAAUUGUUGUACAGUAGAGUAGAGACGGUCCCAGGGGAUCGACUAUACAUACUUAUACAUACAAACAAUAAUAUUCUGUGUAAAUAAAACUUCGUGUAAUAUACGUCGCUGAAUGUUAUUAAAGGUCUAUCGCGUUAACGGGUAUACUUCCUCAGACUUUCUUUAGCGUUUACUCUGAGGGCAAUUAUGUAAAGUCAUGUCUAGUCCGUCUUGAAAUUGAUUUAAACCAUGAAUUCUCCAUUGCGAUGUGUAAUUGGCCUAAGUGUUUUCUACGAGAAAUUUUAUCUUGGUUUAUUCUACGGAAUAUCGGUACGCGCAGAAUUGUCUUUUUGUUGUAAAGGAAUUAAUCAAUUGCGAUGCAAUUUAAAUUCUUUCACAGUCCACAGACUUUGCGCGGUGUCUGGAUAAUCAAUGAGCGAUUGUAUCGCGAUUCGGUGUAAAAGAGCUCCCAAAGCCAAUGUUGUAAUUGUUCGCUUCUUGGACGAGAAUUUUGCGAAAAGAUAAUUUAAACUAGACCCACGGCACGAAUGCAGUGAUUGUCCUGCUUCCGGACAAAGCCUCUGCACCGUAAGAUUUAAAUUGCAUGUUCAUUUUGUUUUUCUUUUCCACAAAGUGGCACUAUGUACACGGGCUUCUCGAGCUCCAAAGCUCCCUAUACAUUGAUGUACCUAUCUUAAACCUUCAAGUGCCUUACUAGACGGAUUGAUGAUUCAGCCUGCUGAAUUGAUACGGCAUGUUUUGCCUUUAGAUAAGGACACGUUCAUAGACUCUUGCAAACUUUGCCUAAUACGGUUACUUCUUACAUUUCAUAUCGAAGUGGGCAGUAUCCGGAUCCGACUGUGUUGUUUGUACCUCUACCUUCCCAAUUCCAAUAUUUGACGCGAUUUUCGGUUACUCGACCUAAUAUAAACCGGUUAAAGAUUUCUGCAUUGCUAGCGGCAAUACUAUUUGGAAAUACUGAUGUCCAGUUAACAGAUAUUACCCGUGCAUGUAAAGCCCUAGCGUAAAGCAUCGCUAAUUGAAUCGUGCGGAAGGUAGUUAAGCAGUCAGUAUAAUAUUGUGAAAUUAUUCUAAGGAUAAGAAAACGAUUACACGCAAUGUAAAUAAAGCUGCCAUCGAUAUAUA